CGGCGGCGCCGGAAGUGGGGCAGAGCUGCUUCCGGUGGCGGCGAGCCGGUCGCUCGGCCAGGCGUCCCCGCUCGCGGGCCUCCCCCCGGGCGGACCCCAGGCAGCGGCGCCUGGGGGAGGCGGAGAGGAGGCUCGUCACCAUGACCGAGAGAACGGAAAGUCUCCAUUUCCAGUUUGACAACUAUGGGGAUUUGAUGCUGCAGAAGAUGAACAAGCUGAGAGAAGAGAACAAGUUCUGCGACGUCACCGUCUGCAUAGAUGACCUCGAGGUCCACGGCCACAAAAUCGUCUUCGCUGCCGGCUCGCCCUUCUUAAGAGAUCAGUUCCUCCUGAACGACUCCAGGGAGGUGAAGAUCUCCAUCCUGCAGAGCUCGGAGGUCGGCAGGCAGCUGCUGCUCUCCUGCUACAGCGGCGUCCUGGAGUUUCCCGAGAUGGAGCUGGUGAACUACUUGACGGCAGCCAGCUUCCUUCAGAUGAGCCACAUUGUGGAGCGCUGCACUGAGGCCCUCUGGAAGUUCAUCAGGCCAAAACAGAAGCUUGAAAACAAAGAGGAAGGCCAGGCACGGGCCCACUCCUCCGAGUCGAAGGCAGCUGCCGGGGCCAGCGGGGGGGAGGAGGAGGAGGAGGAAGACGAGGAGGAGGAGGAGGACUCCUUGCAACCUGAUUCGCCUUGCAUCCAGCCCUCCGAGGACAGCAUGGACGUGGACGACAGCGAUAUCCAGAUCGUGAAAGUGGAGUCUAUCGGAGAGGUGGCGGAGGUUGGCAGCAAAAAGGACCCCGGCCAGUUUAUUUCCUCCGAGCAGCAAAGCGCCCUCCCUUCCUCGGAGCCCCAGCACUCCCUGAUCAACUCCACGGUGGAGAAUCGUGUCGGCGACCUGGAGCAGAGCCAGCUCCACAGCUACGCCCUCUCCUACUCGCCGGCCGACAACCUCAUCGUGGCCUCCAAGGAGCUGUUCGGCCCCAGCAACCGGGGGGUGGACAAGGGCCUCCAGUGGCAUCACCAGUGCCCCAAGUGCACCCGGGUGUUCCGGCACCUGGAGAACUACGCCAAUCACCUGAAGAUGCACAAGCUGUUCAUGUGCCUCCUGUGCGGGAAGACCUUCACCCAGAAGGGCAACCUGCACCGGCACAUGCGGGUGCACGCAGGGAUCAAGCCCUUCCAGUGCAAGAUCUGUGGGAAGACCUUCUCGCAAAAGUGCUCCCUGCAGGACCACCUCAAUUUGCACAGCGGGGAUAAACCCCACAAGUGCAACUACUGUGACAUGGUCUUUGCCCACAAGCCCGUCCUGCGGAAGCACCUCAAGCAGCUUCACGGCAAGAACAGCUUCGACAACGCCAACGAGCGGAGCGUCCAGGACACCGCGGUGGAUUUCGACUCCUUCGGCUGCAGCUCGGGGGCAGACUCCAAGGGCUGCCCCCCAAACGAAGCCGGCCAGGUGCUGGAUGCGGGGAAGCUGGCCCAGGCUGUGCUCAGCUUGCGGAGUGAAAGUUCCUGUGCAAAUUAAGGCAGGUGCCUCGAGUCUCUUUCUGCAAGCAGGAAGGCCACAGAGGACUGCAGUGGGAGAUGGGUGGCUUGGGCCUCGGCCCCCAAACAGCUCUGCCUUUUGAGCUUGUGGGCCGAACCUAGCACCGCAGCAGGUCUUCGGCUGCCUCCUUUAGAAAGAUUUGGUGUGUCGGUUGUCUCUACGUGACUUUGUCUCUCUUGCGAACGGAACCUCCCUCCUUGGACGUUACAAGAGCUGGCGCAGGCUGGACCCCUGGUCUGGUCGGCCUGCAUUUGUUGAGUGCCGCCAAAAAGAAGCCACUUGCUCUUGAGCCAGCCGAAGGGGUAGAAACAGGGACAGGCCUGCCCCGUUGCAGAGGAGUUUUUAAGCUAAAGACAGAACUGAAUUCUUGGAAAAAGAAAAACACUGGAUAAUUAUAAGCUCUUUUUACU